UGCGUGCGAUUCCAUGUGUGUGCGUGAAACGAAUUUUAGAAAAAAUGGAAGAGAAUUGUGCCAAAUGGAUAGAAAAACCGGAUAACUAUAUCUGCAGAUUGUCCGCAGAGACCCAAAAAAUUGCUAAAGAGGAGCUGCGUGAAGAUGAGCAUACCCGUAAAACUGCGCUGGCCUCUAUGCGAGAAUGGAUUAUGCAAAAUCCCAAAAUCAAAAUGUGCCGUAUGGAUGGAAAAUUCUUGCUGCGAUUUUUGCGUUUUAAAAAGUUUCAUAUAACUCUUGCACAAGAAUGUCUUGAACGUUAUGUCCUCUUGCGUCAGACAUUUGGAGUCGCCUUCAAUUGCUUGGACAUUACAAUACCGAUGAUGUUAGAUCUAACUAAUUUGGGAUAUAUGUUUGUAUGUCCUCAAAGAGAUCGAUUGGGAAGAAGAGUUAUUGUUUACAGACCAGGUGUAUUCGAUCUUUACCAGUUCUCCAAUGCAGAUAUGUGUCGAAUACAUGGUAUAGUAUACGAAACUUUGAUGGAAGAUGAAGAGAAUCAAGUUCGUGGAUUUGUACACUUCGCCGAUGGACAAGGUGUUGGAUUUCCGUAUUUGACUCUGUUUAGUAUCAAAGAGGCUGUGCGUAUAGUUAAAAAUGGAGAGAAAACCCUCCCAAUGAGACAUAAAGAAAUUCACGGUAUGAAUGUACAUCCUUCUAUGAAAUUUGCCCUUGAUUUCGGAAUGUCUCUAAUUUCUGAAAAGAUUCGUCAUCGAGUGACGCUUUAUAAAGACAUAGAGGAAGUAAUCCAGAGCGAAAAGAUAGAAGUUGAUAUCUUGCCUAAAGAAUAUGGAGGAACUAUUCCAAUGGCAAAGAUGAUAGAAUUAUGGAAGAAAGAAUUAUAUGCUGCCCACCCAAUAUUGAUGUCCCACGAUCGAAUGGAAGUUAACGAAGAACUAUUCAGUGCUAAAGCAAAGGAAGGUGCAGUGUCAGCUCUAAAAAGGAAUGUUACAUCUUGUGGUUCUGAAGGCGAUUCCCUUUGUGGAAUAACGGGCAAUUUUAGAAGACUGGAAGUAGAUUAGAUAUCUUGCAAUUAAGUAGAUUUUAAAUGUAAUGUUUACCAAUGAAAAAUAUCGAAAAUCCUACAAAUUAAACAAAAUACUAGAAAAAUUAGGAAUCAUUUGAUUUGUUUAAAAGCACUUCAUCUACCAAUUGAUAUAUUACAACAUAAUAAGCAGCGCAGACAAAUGAAAUUGAUGCACGUUUUUAAAAGGAGUAACUCAAUUGUAACUUUCAUUCACAACAACUACAAAUUGUAGAACUCAAAAUGCUUUUCUUUAAUUAAUUUAUUCAUUUUGUGUGAAACAAUACUCAAUUCCAUGAAGUCAAGAUUAUUUUGCAGAGUUGUCUAAAAUAAGCAUAGUUGAACUAAGGAAUUCAUUUUAGUUUUAUUACUUUCGCGUUUUUCCUCACGUUCCUUCAUCAUUAAUAUGGAUAUUCUGAUCAUUAUAUUCGUUUUUUGUAUUUGCUUCCUGAGUUUUCUCAUAAUUCAUGUAACAUACUUCCACAUGUGAAACUGUUUCCUUGUUCCUUCAUUUAUCUGACAAAGGACUCGCCUCGAAAACACAUAUCCUUACUAAAAGGAAAAUAGUCAGAAACACUACUUAUUACUUGGACGUAGAUCCAAAUUAUCGCUGCAAAAUAAACUCCUAGUUCAUAAAGUCGCCUUCAAGCCAUUAUGGACCAUGGAAUUCAAUUACGGGGGACAGCAGCCAAAUCUCACCUUGAGUGGUGCAUACCCAACGAAAUCAGGAAAAUAAAUUCUAUCAAAGAAGAAAUAAGUGCCUUCAGUGAACGCUUCUUUAAUAGACCGAGCUAGCAGUGAAUCUACUUGACAACAGUGAACAAAUACGAAUAUUAAUAUGAACUAAACCAUUGGACUUACCGUAUCGUGUUAAAUAUAUAUAUAUAUAUUUAUCUACUUUGAGUUAUAAUAAUUCCUACAUAUUCAAAGAAAACAGUGAGGAAUAUCUCUGGGCAUCAGUCCCAAACAUUCUCAUACUAUAUAACAAACAACUUGCAUAUCGAAAAUAUAUUCCCAAUAUAGAUACUGAUUACAUGUACUUAUAAGCAAGACUAAAAAAAUUUAUGAUUAUUAAUUUUUUGUUCGAUUUGCUACCUUGUAUCUUUGCAACAUCUUUUAAUCCGUAUUAUGAUUUUAAUGGGAGUUUUCACUUCGGCUUGGCAGGGUACUUGAACAUAUAAUAAAAUUUUUACUUCGAAAUAUUAUUCUGAAAAGAUCUGCAACGAACCCAUAUCCAUUAAUGCUUAUUAGUAAUAAAUGCUUUCAGGACAAGUUGCAUGAAUUAGGUAUUAUGAUUAAGAAACUUACUAACAAAUGUUGGAAGCCUAAAUCUAAAAUAUUUAUUGAGAACGUUGAUAUUAUACAUGAAUAAGCUUAAUAAUAUUGAGUAACCAGUUGCCACUUGAUAAUUUUUUGUUAUAUACUUAUAAGCAUUUAAUUAAAUAAAUAUGUGCUAUGAAAACUCAUAUUUUAUUAUCCUGCAUUAUUCCUAGUAUAAAUUAACGAAUUAACUUGGGAAAUUCCCAGAUUCAUUACUUAAUACUUAUACUGAUAAAAGACAUUAAAUACUGUUACCUUA